AUGUUUUUAAAAAUUGAAAAUUAUGGAAAAUUAUCAUCGGAAACGGCGCAGGCCCGGGGGCGCAGGCAGCGGCGUUGCAUAAAAGAGGUAGGUCAUUCAUGUAAAAUGAUCGACAUUUUAUGUAAGUUAAAGAUGGAAAUAUAUCAUGAACGUCAAAGACUGAUGCUGUGUGCUGUUCACUCCUUGAACAAUCUAUUCCAGGACAGAAAUGCAUAUAGUAAAGAAGAUUUAGAUGCCAUUAGCUACCAGCUCAGCCCAGAUUCCUUUGUAAAUCCUCAUAAAAACAUGCUAGGUUUGGGAAAUUAUGAUGUGAAUGUUAUGAUGGUAGCUCUGCAGCAGAAGAACUAUGAGGUUCUUUGGUUUGACAGGAGAUUGUAAGUGUUUCCUUUGAUUUUUGUACAUUAAAGCUAAUUUACACAUUUCUGACGACCAUAUCACAGGAAAAAAUAACAGAUUCCCAUUUUUGGAUAUUUUAGGGUAUUUAAAGAAUACCCACAAAAAUCCCAAAUUUGGAAGAGUGAGACAAGUCCCAAUCAGGGAACUUGGUUGGGAAUUCCCUGAUUGGGACUUGUCUCACUUUGCCAAAUUUGGGAUUUUUAUGGGUAUUCUUUAAAUACCCUAAAAUAUCCAAAAAUGGGAAUGCGUCCGUUAUUUUUUCCUGUGCAUGACUGUAAAACAUGAAUAUAUUUGUUGUUGUUGUUCAAAUAUCUAUUACUUGGGCAGAGCACCAAGUAAGGGAUUCGCGCUGCUUAGUAAUGUCACAAAGUUGCUUUUUUGGGACAAGAUUGGGCAUGCAAAGUCUGUAGGUUUUCGGUUUGAGUCGGCUAUUUGACGAGGUGAGAGCCGACUUGGUUCGAGAUAUCUCAAGAUCACUCCGAGUUCUUUGAUUUGCUCUCUUUUGGCUUGCCCACCAACUCACCUGCAGCCCGUCAGAUCAGGUGAGUCUCCAAGUUGAGGGAUUAGCCGAUUGUGCCACUGCAACCCAAGGUAGUUUGAAAUGUGAAAAAUAGCUGUAAAAUUAUGCACAAGUGUCAGAGCAAGAUUGGGCAUGCAAAUUCAUGACUUUUUAGCUUAUUUCAGAUAUUUCAUGAAGUGAGACCAGAACUACUUCAAGAUAUCUUGAGAUCACUUCGAGUUCCCGGAGUUUGAACCGACUCACCCAUGACCCGUCAGAUCAGAUGCUAAGUUGAUGGAUUAGCCGAUUUGCGCAACUGAGACCUAAUGUAGUUGAUUAUGUGAAAAUUAGGCUAUAAUAUCGUGCACUGUGGGUUUCGUGCAAUAAAUGGAAGAAAAGAGACAAAAAUAACCACUUGCUUCAAUUGAAAAUGAUUGAAACAAUAAAAUGAUUUAAUAAGAGCAAGUAGUGAAAAUUACUUGGUUUGCUGCUAUCUUGACGUCUGGUUUAUUAAUUUAACAAUGGUCACAAUGGCUACAGGCAUUGGUUUGAUUGCUUCAAAGCAAAAAAGUCAAAGAUCAAUCAUUCGUGGUCUUCUGAAAGUAUCAAGGAAAGGCUGUGAUGUCCUUUUUUGUUUGUAUUGUGUACGAAUUUACCACCACUUUGUUCUGAAGGCCUAAAAUAAAGUGGACAACCAUCCAAGGAGGGGGGGGGGGUACUCUGGAUUUCAAGUGACAGGUUUGAUUGAAGGAUUUUUAUGGGUGUGAAAUUUUCAAUUUCGUUUUUUUUUUUUCGGUCGUAAAACUGUGGCAUGUAUUUUUUUGGGUAGGCUGAUUUAAGUAGGGAUCUUUUUGAGUAUUCAAAACAACCUGAAGAUUCGUGAUAGUUCCUGCGUGUGUUCCCCGCGUAUCCUGGCUGUGUAGUUCCUCUCGAAAUUUUUAUGGCUCGGAAAUUCAGGGUGGCAUUUUUCGGGGGUUAAAUUUUGGUCCAGGGAUUUUUUUGGGUUUGUUUGAAGCCCUAGGGAUUUUUUUGGGUUUUGAUUUUUGCCUCCAUUCAAUCAUCCCUGUCACUUGAAAUCUGGAGUUCCCCCCCCACCCCACCCUGGGGCAACGAUCCAAGUCAUGAUGCAGCUUUAACUGCUGACCUCCGUGUAGCCAAAACUUAGGAUAUUGUAGUCUCGUUUCUCAUGUUGUUUGAAGUGUUGCAUUUGGAAAUCUUGGUGAGGAUGGACAAUCUUUUGAGCUUUCUACCUUUUCUUCUCAUUUUGUCAGGCACAGCUUUCGACAAAAGUGGAAAAAUAUUGUUUUUAAAGAAUUUUGCAAGAGUUUGAGUUGUUUCUGAAAGGUUUUGAUGGGAAAGAUGAUCAUUAGAUUAUAGGUGCAGUGUAUCAUGCCGGGAGCAGCCAUCAGUCCUUGAGAACAUCUACUGUUUACAUUACAACUUUUUCAAAGGAAAAGGCCAGAACAUUUUACAUGUUUCCUUUUCAUUCAUUUCGUUAUUCAUUUCAAUGUUGUCUUACAAAAUUUUGCAGGUAUUUUCUUAGCACAGUUUCUUUGUUUUGCCUGUUGUUGUGCCAUCCUGACAAACAGUGAACUUAAGCAAUAGGACGGGAGAGGAUAGAAGAUGGCAAACCUUGUGUCGCAAGCGUGGCAAUAAUCUUGUUUGAAAAGAAUUUCUCUCAACCUUCACCUUCCUUAGUUUAAAUACCCUGCUAGCAGAAAGAUCGAAGUGACUCUGCUAGCAGGGUAUCCUUUAAACAGAUCUUUUUGGCUAAAGACGAGAGUUUGAGCAAUUUUGUCCACUCUUGCUCAGAUGUGGAGAGCCAAAGGAGAUGUCAAUACUUAACAAAUGCUUUUGGGUGUAUGGGUAUGCUUGGAAUUGAGUCAGCCAUUGUGAUGACAAUGCACCAAUCUCUCACAAAAAUGAAAACCAUAGCAGCCUGCGAGCAAGCUGUACAGUGUCUGAGAGAAGUCACGUGCGAGUGGCAAGCGAAACAAGACACGGUAACAAGGUCUGGGAUAGAUGAUGAGAGCUCUUCAUUUCCUCUGCCCCUCAUGGCUUUGCUGCUCGCUCACGCGUUCGUUUGCCACUUGAAAUGGAGAGGUUGUUCUCAGUCCAUAACAUUUCUUGGUAACGUUUUACAUGAGUAUUUUCAGGACAUUUACAUAAUAAUAAUUAACCCACAAAAUAAUAUCUCACCUGUACUAGAAAACAAUAUUAAAUACAAUAUUUCUUCAUUGAUAUUUUUCAACCAUAGUUUUCACCUGUUUUUUGCUUUUGCAGAUCCUUAGAAACAUUAGAACUUCAGCAUAUAUUUGGAUUUGUUGUAAACAAGCCAUCAAAUGUAAACAUUAUUGGAGUUGAAGUACCAGUCAAGAGACCUCAUUGGUUUGCUGUUCGCAAAAUAAAUGAAAGUUACUAUAAUUUGGACUCUAAACUGUCUUCUCCAGAGUGUGUUGGAAAUGAAGAAAAACUUCUCACUUUUUUAAUGGAACUGUUAUCCCUUCCAGCAGUUCAACUUCUUGUCAUUGUUGAAAAAAUUGUAGCUGAAAACAAUCUCUGGAAGAAGCAGUAAACAGUUCUAUUGGGUAAAAUACACAUGUAUCAAAAAAUACAAGACAUGGAGGAGCCUAGCCUGCAAACACAGAUGUAAAAGUAAUUUUUCGGGUGGAGAGAAGUGAUGACUGGAAAUAUGCCUGCCUUCACAAGUUAGGAUGGGCCAAGGUCUUACUAAAUUUGUAAUGGAUAUGGUUCCUACAAUCUUGAAAAGGUCUUGAAUUUUACUAGUCAUCUUGAAAAGUUCUUGAAUUUGGUUUAGGUCCUUAGAAAGUACUGAUUUCUUUAUUAGGUCUUGAAAAGUCCUUAAAAUUCCCAACCUUGUCUAUGCCAGACAUCUUUUUCUGUAAAAUUAGAUUAUUUCGCCAAGGAAAAUUUAGCUCAUCCUCGGUGUAAGAACCAGUAAAACUCAUGGGUAAGGUAAAAACAAGUCUUGUCUCGGAGAGUAGUGUAAAAUAAUGAGAUCAAUGAUGGCUGAAGAAGUGAAAAUCGUAAAUGACCCCACAACAUGUUCUAGCCAAUAGGGUGAUCAAAGGGGG